AUUCUAUUGUAGAAGGUCUCUUUGUGUAGACGGAAAUAUAGGAGCAGAUGAUAAUGUAAACGUCCGCUUCGAUACCAUUUGAGUUUAAAGAGGUUUUUUUUAUCAAAAUAAUAACUACCUGUGGAAGCUGUCCUGCAACGGAAUAGCUGGCAAGCAGCGCAGACCAUAAUACCCGACGUUAUCUGUUAUCCAAAUAAUUUAAAAUGACUUGCCGGUAUUAUUCCGGGGCUAUCUUGGAUGUAUCGGGUUCUAUGCAAUACGGUACCGGUACUUUUUCUGAUACCGAAGGCGGAAAAUGGGUUCGUGCAUUACUUGAUGCAAUAGACGACCUUGUAACGCAUGAUGCUUCCAACAACGACAAAGUGCUUGCUAUCGGAGCUGGGGCAAGGCGAAUGGAAAAUGAGGCCUUUGAUGUGAUUAAAACCAUUGCUCUGCUUCAGAACGACGAUUGGUGUGAUUCUAACUUGCAAGAAGCAACUUAUGGAACUAUCACAGCUAUAUUUAAUUUGCUAGAAAGACAUGGCGCUAAACACAUUCGAAAAUGGGCCGAAAUGAAUGUAGUAAGUAGUGUCAUCACAGAGGAUGAAGCUAUAUUAGUUCUCAGAAAGUUGAAGGAAGACAGAGAUUUUACAAGAACAUUUGUAUUUGAGUACCUUCCAGAGUCUUGUCGUGACUGGGUGGAUGAAAAUGAUACAUCAGUGAUGGGAUUCUUUGGAUACCAAUUUCAAAGAGUACAAUCGUCAGUAGUUAGCUCAUUUCGACAAGCUACCAAGGACGACAUAAGUGAUGUAGUUAAAAAAGCAAUGAGCUACCUGCUUCGUGUGAGAAAUGAUUCCGCCUAUCCUGCUCACAAGGCUGCAGAUAUACUACGUGGGACUGACGGAGGAGAAAGACUCUCCCCUGAAAGAGCAGAGAAAUUACACAGAAAAAUGAAGCCAUAUAUAUACGGCAGCACACCAUUAUAUUCUGCUUUACACAAUGCGGUUGAUUUAUUUGAUUUAUUUCCAGACUCUGAAGAGGUUGACAAAUACAAAUACUUGUUCGUUUUUUCAGAUGGAGCGCCUAGCGAUUAUGGCGAUAUUUAUAAGUUGAAAUCAAAAUUUGAAAAAAGAAGUAUCUCUGUGAUUGGUUGUUACAUGUCUACAUCAACAGGAUGUUCAAUCAAACCAAAGCAGCUAUAUGGCACUGUCGGAUCCGACUGGGAAGAAGGUGCUCGUUUCCUCUUUGAUUUAAGUUCGAUGGUCCCUACUGACAAUGUUCCUCGGGCAAUCUUCAUAAACAACGGUUGGGAUGUAGACAUCAACAAAAAAGAAACAAAGCUAUUUUUGCAUAUCAAUAACCCAGAAAAUAUGCGGAGUGCAGUUGAAGUUGUGAAAAAGGCCAUGAGUUCACAAGACAGUCUGCUUGAUUUGAUAACACAUGUCUCGAUUGAAAGGUAUAUCAAAAGUGAGAAUGACAAAUUUAAACCACCUAAACAAGAAGGAAAGACUUGCUAUGCGAAUGCUGCAGCAACUGUUAUGCAUCUUGCUUUGGUAAGGAUACAUAAGAGAGAGGACGGAUAUCCAACAUUCGAAAGCCUUAGAAGGGAAAUAAUUGAUAAAUUUGGCGAACAAGGAGCUGAUACAAUGGACGUUCUCCAAACAUUUUGUCCGAAAUAUCGACUUCACUGUAAAGCGAUUGACAGAAAAGAAGCAUUGAAGGCAGUAUCUGAAAGACGUCCAGUUAUAGCACGAUUUGAACUCACUGAUUAUGAGUGGAUCGAGUUCAAUAACAUUUUCAAUCGUGAACCAAAGAAAAUUCUGUCAGAGGAAGAUAUACAUAUAUAUUCAAGAAUUUCUGCCAGAAAAAUAAGUCACGCGGUUGUGUUGACUAGUUACAAUAGCGAUAGCUUAUGUCUCAUGAAUUCCAAAGGAGUAGAAUGGGGGGACGGUGGUUUCUUUAGAGUUAAGAAUGCCGAUGUUGUUGGUCUAGAAUUCAUUGAUGUUUUCUGGAAAGAAAACGAUUUAUCGGAACCGGAAAAGCAGCAAUAUCGUCAACAUGGAUUAGAUAUUGCAAGUAAACUGGUAAGCUCUCUGAAAGGAAUAAAGAAUGGUAUUUACUCGUGUCCUUUAUGUAAAAUAACAUCAAAGAUCAGCGAGUUUCACGGAUCAUUGUCGACGGCCGUUUGUCCAGAAUGCCAGGGAGAGUUUGAUAGUAACGAUGGAAAAGGAAAUAUCAUCGCAAUGAACAUCUACCUAACAUCGUUAAACAAUUAGCAAAUUGCAAGUCAAAUAAGAGUUGAUGCUUUUGGUACUGUUUCUGAAAUCUAUGUAUAUAAAGACUGGGCUUAUUUUUGUAUUGUCACACCAGUUUGGUCUAAAAUAGAUAUAAAGUAUAUAAGUAUACGCAUUGUAAUAAUGUUUUACAAAUAUGUUUAAACAAGUAAACUAGCAUAUACAAAAUAAAAGUUAAUCACAAAAGUCAAAACGUAAAGAAUAAUAUCUUUUUUGAAGUAAAUGUAAUUGCCUAGCUCAGAUAAAUACAAUAUCAAACAGUAUGUUAUUAUUGCAAAUAAUCUCUUAUCCGAUGUUGUAAAGAUGUAAAACUAUAUAUUAGAUAUUCUAUAGAGUGUAAUGACAAGGCUUGAGUUUCGAAUGAAUCUGAAUUCUGAGUGUGGAAAAAUAUGAUAAUGUUAUCAAAUCUACUGCAAAUUGUAGUUAGAAAAUACUUAUAGAUUCUAAUUUGCCUUCAUGUUAGUCUGUUCGAUAAACGAAAAGCUGUUUAUUAUGUGUUAUAGGAACCAAAUUCUUUUUUGUUCUUUUACCAGUAGGCAGUGAGUAACUUGAAAUGAACGAAAACGAAAAAUACUUAAAUAUCAUGUUAAAACUUUGAAUCAAAAACUGAUCUAAUUUGAGUGUUCAGUUGAAGAAAAAAAUAACCUGUACAAAUGAUGCAAACGUGAUUUCGCUUGAUUGGUGCUUAUAUUUGUUUUUUAUGUUUUUUUUUAUUUAAUCUCUUGGUCAUGUUGUUUGUAGAUAGGGAUUAGAUUAUAAAAAAGUAUUAUAGUUAUACAUAUACACAUGGAAAAACAUAUAUAUGUAUAACUAUAUUAUAUAAUAAUUCUUUUAUUUGCUUUUAAUUUAUGAUUUUUUUUUUAUUUUGUUGUACAAGAAAAAAAGUAUUUUUUAAAAUUGUACAUUUCACUUUACAAUUAAAGUAUCAGAAACAAUUACGCAUAUAACUAAAAGAAAAUGUACGCGACAAAGCAAAACUUGUUAAACGAACUCUUGGUUUUUCAUAUGAAAUUGUUUUUUGUUUUUUUAUUCUAAACGAAAACCAUCUUUUUGUUUUAUAAAAAUGAAACAGAAGGUUGGAUGUAUUUCAUUUAUUAAACCUGUAAAACAUAUACAAUAUAACGCCAAUUUGUUUUCGUAGUACAUUUUUUAUUUCCAAAUCUUAAGAAAAGCUUUAACUACUUUAAAUGAUAUAUGUAUAGUCAUAUUCAUUUGGUUAUAAAUUAUUCGUUUUCAAAAAAAAUCAGAAAUAAAACAUUGACAUGAUCCUGAAUAUUAUGAAGCAUGUAUAAUCAUGUAUAAUUACAUAUUUUCGUUACGUAGAAUCAUUAGACAUCAUGUGAAAUAUAUUUUUAUUGGUUUUUUGUUUUUCUAUUCUUUUCUUGUCUUUUGUUGAUAGGAAAAUGACAUGAUCGUGUAUUUCUUAAAGGCAUCUUUAUAUAUAUUUUUAAAUUGUAACUGGAAAUGAGCACUUUUGAUAUACCUCCCUAGAAAAAAACUUAUUUAUGGCUCAUUUCCAUAAUUAGAGAAUCAAUUCAAAGUUGGUCGGCAGUUGUUAUAUCAAAUUUCUUUAUAAUUUCAUUUAUAAAAAUAUGAAUAAUUUAACCGACAUAUUACCGGAUUGUCAAAACAAAAUUUCAUAUCCAAAGCUUUCGUAAGCACGUGUAAAGUGGUGGACAAAGAUGUUUAACUUUCAUACGAUGGUUAGUUAAAUGUGUUAAUACCAAAUGUUUUCUUUUAUGUUAGAGACUUUUUUUACUUAUUUGGUGAAUUUUAUUGAUAGAUUUUAUGUAUGCAAAUACUGUUUUAAAUUAAUUUUUAGAUGUUAUUUAGGGUGCCUCAUGGAUGUGUGUCUCAUGAUAAUAUGUAAGCAAGUAUGAUAUGUAUAAUGCUAAGUUAUGAUAUUGUAUAAUAAAUAUUGUCAUCUCUUUUCAAUCUGAAUGCAGCAGAUAUUUUAUUUAUGCUUGUUUGUUUGGUUAGAUCUAUCAAUAUUAACAGAAAUAUCUGCUCUUAAAACCAUUACCUUAGAAUUUCAUUAUAAUUAUAAUACAUAAUUAAACAUUAUAGUAUGAAAGUCAUUGGAUGUUUGGUUGAAUUUCGAUAUGUACGUAUAAUAGAUUAAUUAUUGGUUACUCACAGGAAAGUAUUAUUGUAAUCAUCCACAAGUUUAAUACUUGAAUUGUUUUCUUGUAUUAUUUCUAUAAGAAAAGAUGUUGUUGUUGCGUCCUACCUGGUAUCUACUAAGAAUACAAAAUGGGAUGCAAACAAACUGAGAUGAAAUAUCACUUGUUCAUUACAAUUGAUAUCACUUUACUUGUAUUUGUAAACAUGUGUUUAAGGAGUUACAAUAUUUUCACUGUAAAUAUUCAUUAAAAAGGGUUAAAGUCGUACAACGACUAUGUAUAAAAAUUAUUGACUACGAUCUUCUUUCGUGCAUUAAAACAUCGCAUCGACAACUUUGAACUUUUACUUGUAAUAAAUGUUUUCUCAUUCUUUAAUUGUAUACAUGUAUAUAAUUUUUACUAAUAAAUAUAAUGACAAUCGUGAAUGUAAACAUUAAAAACUUUUAUGAUUUUGUUCAAUUAUGUUACAUGUUUAGAUGUAGAGGAAUGGUUUUAUCUACAAUUGCAAAUUAAUCUGCUCUGUUCUAUGGAAUCAAGCAAUAUUCAUGUAGUUGAAUUUAUUUAAUCAUAUGUUAUAGACAGGACAAGAAAAUUGGCGUCGAAUAUUGAAUUAUGUUGCAUGUUAAUAUGAUAGUUUAUUAAACAUCACGUAAACUUUUUACUGUUUAGCCUAAUGUGACAUCACAUGGUGUUAUUUCGAACUAUCAUCCUGAAAAUGAAUAUCACCCUGUCAAUAUUUUUUGUAAUAUUCCCAAGGGAGAUUUAAGAAAACAUAAUGUUCUUUUUCUCUCCCUUGGCUCAGUUGCUCACUUAAACUUUUUACUAUAUUGAACUGUUUUACUGAAUCAAAUUGUUGAAUCGGUAUAAUGAAAAAUAUAACACAUGACUCUUAGUGUAAUAGUGCAUAUUGGUAACCCAGGAACUGAAGAAAAAACACCUUAGGCGGACUAUUGUACUAAUUAAUGCACUAUUAACCCUCAGAGACAUGUGUUAUUUUUAUAGUAUAUGUUCUGUUAUGUUUUGUAAUGAUAACUGAAGGGGUGUUGUCAUACCACAAUUUAUAUUUUUUGUUAUAGAACAAUUAAU